UAAGCAGCAUCUAGGGUUUAAUGUUUCCUCCUCUCCGCCGCAGCUCUCCAGCUCCCCAAAGCCCUAAUUUACGAGAGAGAGUUUCAUCGUUGCUUCUGCGAUCUCAACAAGAUGGUGCUCCCCAACGACAUCGAUCUCUUGAAUCCGCCAGCUGAACUCGAGAAGAGGAGGCACAAGCUCAAGAGGCUCGUUCAAUCCCCAAAUUCCUUCUUCAUGGAUGUUAAGUGCCAAGGUUGCUUCAACAUAACUACCGUGUUUAGCCACUCGCAGACCGUCGUUGUUUGUGGUAACUGCCAGACUGUGCUUUGCCAGCCCACUGGAGGCAAGGCUAGGCUCACCGAGGGCUGUUCUUUCAGAAAGAAAGGAGAUUAAGGGUGGUGAUGCUUUAUCAUAGUUUCCUCUUUUCUUAUAAUUUAUUGAAGUUGUUUCAAAUGGAUAUUAGAGCUUAAGGUCUUUAGUCUUUAGCAUGUUCCUAUUUUUGGGUCUGUAACUUUAGCUUUUGCGAUAUUUGAUUUGUGUUUUUUAUUUCCAACAUUUUUGAGAAUUUGCUGUUUUCUGGAACACUUGUCAUAUGAUGCCAUUGAUGGUACUUAACUAGGUUUCGUGUUGUUUUAAAUUGGAAUUUCAACAUGGCUACCAUAAAGAUUUGUCAUUUGGAAA